AUGGCUACAUUUCAGGCCGUCAAAAAGGCGGUCACCCUCACCCCCACCGUCCGCGCCCUCCCCAGCGGCAUUCCCCAUGCUCCCCUUCUGAACCUCGCCGCCAGGGCUCCCCAUGAUCCCCAUGCCCAUGGUGCCGCAGGUCCUCGCGCUGACGCUGCCCCACAAUGGGCUGGAGGCGUUUCCCGCACUGCUUCGGGUCUGGUGUCCAAGACGUUCACCACAGUCUCUCCUACCUCCAACUUCCAGCAGCGAUACAUCCACACCUCUGUUGCCAGGAAAGACGCGCCUGAAGUCCCAGAUUUCUCUGCUUAUCGCACCAACCCCGAGACCAACCGUGCUCUCUCCUACUUCAUGGUCGGCUCCCUCGGUGUUAUCUCUGCUUCCGCUGCAAAGUCCAGCGUGUCAGAGUUCCUCCAGAGCAUGGCUGCCUCUGCCGACGUUCUCGCCUUGGCCAAGGUCGAGGUUGACCUCACCACCAUUCCCGAGGGCAAAAACGUUAUCAUCAAAUGGCGAGGAAAGCCAGUGUUCAUCAGGCACAGGACUCAGUCCGAAAUCGACGAAGCCCGCAGCUCCGACUGGAAGUCUUUCAGGGAUCCUCAAGCCGAUGAGGACCGAGUGAAGAAGCCGGAGUGGUUGGUCAUGUUGGGCGUUUGCACCCAUCUGGGAUGUGUCCCCAUUGGCGAGGCUGGUGACUAUGGAGGCUGGUUCUGCCCUUGCCACGGCUCUCACUACGAUAUCUCCGGUCGUGCCCGCAAAGGCCCUGCUCCUUUGAACUUGGAGGUUCCCGUAUACGAAUUCAACGAGACAGAAGAUAAACUCGUCAUUGGUUAA